AUGCCCGCGAAGAAGCGCCGGUUCCCAUCGCCGCCUUCGAAACCCCACGGCGACGUGGCGGCUCCCAGUCCCACCUCUGAUGCCGCCGCCGGCGGAGGCGUAGUUGAAGGAAGAGGAGGGCGCCCGCCGUUGACGAGCAGGGGCGCCGCCAGGCCGAGGUUGACUGGCCCGGACCCGGAGCCACAGGGCAGACUCGAAGACGAUUCGGACGCGGAGGGUGACGGCGGCGCGGACGACGGCGACAGUGAGUCCUCGCAGAGCGACCACGGCGGCACCGACGAGUUUAUGCUAGUGAAAUUAGCAGAUAUACUGAAGGAGGUUCAGUGCCCUAUCUGCUUAGGCAUUAUCCGGAAGACAAGGACAGUUAUGGAAUGUUUGCACUGGUUCUGUAGAGACUGCAUUGACAAAUCUAUGCGACUAGGAAAUAACGAAUGCCCAGCGUGUCGCACUCAUUGUGCAAGCAGACGUUCUUUGAGGGACGAUCCUAAGUAUGAUGCGCUGAUUGCAGCCUUGUAUCCAGAUAUUGAUAAGUAUGAGGAAGAGGUGAUGUCCUAUGUCUAUAACUCAAUAUGCCCUAUCAUCAUUUAG